UUCCGCGGCCUGGUGAAUCUUGACCGCCUGUUGCUGCAUGAAAACCGCAUCCGACAAGUCCAUCGGCGAGCCUUCCGUGACCUGGGCAGAUUGACCAUCCUCUAUCUUUUCAACAACUCUCUGCAGGAGCUUCCAGGCCAGGCAUUGAAGGAUACGUCGUCGGUGCAGUUUCUCAGGCUCAAUGGUAACCCCUGGACCUGCAGCUGUGAAGCCAGGUCGCUAUGGGAGUGGUUCCGCAAAGCUCGUAUCUCCAGCUCAGACCUAACCUGCUCUUCACCAGCCCCUCGUAAAGGCCAGGACCUGAGGUUCCUGCGAGAGCUGGACUUUGCCCUAUGCCCAUUGCCUGAUCCAGGAUCCCUGGCUGGCACUACAACCACCACCUUCAGCACC